GCUGCAGUCCCCAAACUUGUGGGUUUUUAUUGCUAUCAUUCUCGUGGGUUGUUCUUUAAUGACGCUUUUCAUUGGGUGCCUUGCGAUCUUAAAGAUUAUAGAGAUGCUAUUGUUAUCUUUGAUCUCAAGGAAAUGACUUUUUCAAGAAUAUCUGCACCCGAACAACUGUCAUACUCCUAUCCAAGUCUUGCCCUACUCGGAGGCUGCCUAGCCUUGUAUUAUCACAAUCAUGGUAGCUGUAACACUGAUAUAUGGGUGAUGAAAGAAUAUAAAGUGCACUCAUCCUGGACUUUCUAUCAGAUUCCUUGCAUGGACUUCCGGCCUCUGUGCUUAUCUAGUAAUAGGGAUAUUAUUGGAGGAGGUUAUACUUGCUAUGGUAAAACAGGGUACUUCAUAUAUAAUGUCAGAGGAGACCUGCUCAACCAUUUUAAAAGUCUGUAUUGCCAGCUUCCCUGCCGUGAACGCAAUACAGUGUAUACAGAGAGUCUCUUACCACUCCCUGGUGACAUUAAGGAUAAGGAUAACAAGAAGAAGAUGAAGAAGGAAAUUGGCCAUCAAGUUCACCAUGAAUAGUUUUGAACAACCUGAUGUUGCUAAAGGUUAGCAUCAAACAAAAAAAGAGAAUUAGGAGCCAACAUACAAGUGAAGAGCUUGACACAUGGGGAAGAAGAACAUUUGAAAGUGCAAAUGAAGUUUAGUUGGUUAUGCAAAACUUUAGAUGUUUUAUUUCUUAGUUGGUUAUGUAAAACAGUAAAACUUUAGAUGCUUUAUUUUGCAUAUUACAUAAUGUACUUUUCUUUUAUCAUGUCAAAACCUUAUGAAUCCAAUCCUAGAAGUUUUAAUUGUAGAUUCUUUUGGAGAUAAUACGUUUCUCCUGCAAACUUGAGAUGUUAGGUGUGGAGUCUAGUGAAUUUGUCAAAUGAAUCUCUUAUAAAAUUUCUGUUUAUGGCUGUUUUAUCGAGCAAUGACAUU